AUGAGACCAAGCAGUCGCAGGAGCAAAGACUCUGGGGAAGCUAAAUUUAGUAUAUCUACAGUCAGUGAGCAAGUGUCAUGGUUUUUCGAGACUUUUCAAGAGACUUCCAUAAGAUUCAACGAGAUGAAGGAGAAGAUGGAGGAAAUGGAAGAAAGGAUGGAAGAUCUAGAAGAAAGGAUGGAAGAAAUGGAGGAUUUGGAAGAGAAAAUGGAAGAUAAAUUAGGAGACUUAGAAGAGAAGAUCUAA